AUGCACAUUGCAAUCAGACAACGUCGUGUCAAGAGUGAAUAUAAACCGUGGCUGACAAAUGAAAUUAAGCAAAUGAGCUAUCGUAGGGAUUACCUUAAAAAGCAAUCAAUUAAAUUAAGAUCUGCGUAUUAUGAUAAGGCUUACAAGAGAUGUAAAAACAAGUUAAAUAAUCUCAUAAAAGAAACUAAACAAGAAUACUUUAGAGAUAAACUAAGCAAUGCUAAAAAUAGCAAAGAAAGUUGGCGAACUAUUAAUGUAUUAUUAAACAAAAAGCCUAAAACUUCAGAGGUUAAAGAACUAGAUAUAAAUGGCCAACUUAUUACUGACAAUGAUAAAAUUGCAGAUGCCUUCAAUCAAUAUUUUUCCACAAUUGGCAGUACGUUGUCUGACAAGAUCACAG